GACCUUUGAACAAUUUCCCCUCCAAAAUACCUAUUUUUCCCAAUUUCCCCCUUCGAAUCCUGCACUUUUUGUCUUAUUCCGUCUAAGAACGAGAAGAGGAAGACGAGGAAAGAAACCCAAGAAAGAACGCCGAGAGCAAAGGCACAUCUUCUGCAAGAAGUUCGAGAUGCUCAAAGCCGUAGGUCUGUUUGGCCGCAAGAAAACCACCCGUCCCUUCAAGGAUUACUACACCGACUGGUUCAACACCCUCAACAAUUCCCUUCUUCCUCUGCUCCGAAGCUCCAUGGACGAUGCCUUCCUUCCUCAGCUCUCAAUCCACGUCGAAAUGAUCCACAGCCAUUUCCAGUCCUACUACGAAGCGCUCGACCUUGCCGCUUCCGACGACGUCACUCAGCUCCUCUACCCUGAUUGGCGUAAUUCCCUCGAGAAGCCCUUUCUCUGGCUCGGCGAUUUCCAUCCUUACCUCUUCACCAAUCUCCUCCGCUCAUUCCUCGACGAUGGCGACGAAAACGAAGACGACGAUGAUGGUUUUGGCGAUCUGGGUAAUGGUGAAUGCAGCGAAAGCUACGAACUUUUUGAUCGGCCUUGGCAUUUGGUGAUGGCCUGGAAGAACCCAUCGAAGAUCUUGAUGAACCGGGUCGAGCAGAUUGAGUGUGGGUUGAGGCUGAUGGUUCCGGCACUGGUGGCUCGAGCCAGGGAUGCACAGAUGGUGUUCAUAGAAAGUCUUGCGAAGAACUGGGUUGAGUGCGACGGAGGGAACAAGGAGGCGGCGAAGGCUGUGGUAGCAGAGCCCAUGGAAGCACAAAUGGAUGAGGUGGUCAGCGUUUUUUUGGAUGCUAAUCGGCUCAGGAGAAGCGUGAUAUCGGAGAUAAUUGGCGCCGCCAAUGUCUAUCAGGCUGCUCUGUUUCUUGAAGGGCUUUCCCAAUUUCUUGUUGGGUUCAAGGAUUCUGAAUUGCUUGGAGAAUUUCAACGCUGCAAAACACCUCUGAGUAGGCAAACUCGCCUGGCAAUUUGAUAUGCGAUGUGGGUUUGAUGGGAUGGCAUCGAAUUGGUGGUUUUGUUUGUUACUUCAUUUUCUCUGCUUUUCUUAGCUCAAACUAGAGCAGAGUAGAACAACCGCAGAAAUAACUCCACUGUUUCAGCCAAUUACAGUUUCAGGUUGCAAUUAAUAUUUUUUCUCUUUUUGGGUUAAAAAAUUUUUUGCUUCUCUCGAUAGUAUUUGUGAAUGUCAAUGGUUGAUAUAUGGGAAAUUUUACUGAAUCUACCAUGUAACUUGUCGGCUUGUUAAUUUUGUUUUAGAUUAUAGCCUAGACCGGUCAUGAUGCAUUUUGGCAACGUUCGUUUUUUUCUUGCAUCAAAGUAGCCCUUGCGUUAAGUAGCUCUCUCUAUUCAAUAAAAUUUAAUGGGGGGUUUAGAUUA